AUGGAUUACUCGCCAAUAGAACUUCCUGCUGAUUUUGAUCCAGCUUUACAAUUAUUAAACUAUACAUCUGCUUAUGGUGAUACUCAAGUAACUUUUGCUGAUAUAGAUCAUUAUUUCCAUAUUUUAAUGAAAAAUGGAUUUAUCUUCUCAACAAGAAUUGGUGCUGGUGGUCUUGCAAUGAUUGUUCUUUUUUUGACUUCAAGUAAUAGAAAAACCCCAGUUUUCAUUUUAAAUCAACUUUCUUUAUUAUUUAUGGUUAUUCAUUCAGGUUUAUACUUGGCUUAUUUAUUAGGUGGUUACACUUCAGUUACAUUCUAUUUCACAGCUAUCCAAGAGGGGAUUAUAACAGAUAAUACUUUAAAUGUUUCGGCAGCUGCUAAUAUUUUCCAAGCAUUAUUAAUUUUAACUAUUGAAGCUUCAAUGGUUUUCCAAAUUAGAACAAUUUUCAAUCAUCCAAAUGGUAAAAAUGUUGGUUGGUCAGUCACUGGUAUUUCAUUUUUAACAGCCUUAGCUACUGUUGGUAUUACAUUUUACAACUCUAUAAGUUUAAUCGUUAAAAUGUUUAAAGGUGAAAGUACAGAAGAUAAUUCAAAAGCACAUGAUGCCCAAAUUAUUUUAUUUGCUUGUUCAAUCAACUUUAUGAGUUUAAUCCUUGUCACAAAAUUAAUCAUGGCUAUCAGAUCAAGAAGAUAUUUAGGUUUAAAACAAUUUGAUAGUUUCCAUAUUUUAUUAAUCAUGUCUUCACAAACUAUGAUAAUUCCAUCUAUAUUGACUAUUUUCUCAUAUGCUUUAAACGCUUUCAAGAUUGUUGCCUUACCUGCUAGUGCUGUUAUGUUAGUUGCGUUAUCUUUACCAUUAUCAUCAAUGUGGGCUGCUAGUGCUAACAAUGCACCAACUCCAACUUCAUCUGGUUACCAUGUUUAUACCCCAUCAACCAUUAAAGGUUCAUCAUUUUUCAAUUCAGAUCAAGGAACUGCAACAUUGAAAGAAGAUGCUGAAUCAUAUAGAUUUAAUCGUUACAGAAAGAACCAAUUUGCAGAUGAUGCUCAUUCAACUUCAUCAAUUCCAAAUAAUGUGGCCAUUAAAGAAGAUGAUUUUGAUGAUAAAGAUUUAUUCACACCAUCAACAGCUGCUGAAGAAGAAGCUAAAAGAUAUUGGUUUGCAAAUGAUCAAGUUGAAACCGAUUCAGAAGAUGAAUAUGUUUCUAGAACAACACAUAAGAUUAAUAAUGAUUUCAAGAACACUGAUGUUUGA